AGAGCAGGGCUACCUUGUGACCGCAGCACACGUGAGAGGGCUAGCGAAAGCCACAGGCAAACCUCUCACCGGGCAGGGAAGGGUUAAAAGGGGCAGGCAGGGACCAGACUGGGAGGAAUAGAAACCAGUUACAAAAUUAAAAUAAAUAAAUAUACAACCAAGGAGGAAGGAGGGGUAAUAGUAAGAGUGCGGUCACAAUAAGAAGGUGCACACCCUGCACUUGUCCUGCUCUAUGGACAGUACAUGUACAUUUUGGGGGUGGUAGGACCCCAGCAGAGACCCCCUUAAAGGAGCCCCCUACCCCUGGGAGAUGACAGCAUGGAUCUGGGCAUCACAUGGAUACAGCAGUUUCGCCAUACGAAGAUUCUAGUUAUGGUCAUACAGAGAUGAGAAGAGUGAAAUCUUACAUUUAAUAGAAUUCAAUGACCUAACAACGCCCUCGUAUGACAGUUCUGUUACUAUGACCCAUCAGGAUGAGGAUAUCGAUCAUCAGAGGGCAGAGAGUCCUGACCCGGUAGUCACCUUAAGUUCCGGGCUUUACAAUGGACGCUUAGUGACCGCUCUACCAUACACCUCGAGAGCUGAGCAUGCACAACAAUGUCUCCAAAAACUUCAGGACUGCGGCAUUCAGCUCCCCCUCGAGCAGUGCAGAGAUUCCCUGCAGAGGUCCGCACUUAUCCCAGAGCUGCACAGAUAUAUUUUCUUCAGUUCGCGAGGAUUUGGAAUGGUGUUAGCAGUGGUUCUCUACAUCUCCAUCUGGUUCAACCUUUAUUCCACUGCACAGAUGUUCACAACAAACCACAGCUGGACCACCAGCAUCCCCGUCACUUUGGCUGCAGCGGUUGUUACCCUUCUGGUUGUUCUCGUUAUAAAUCAGCACCAAAAGAAGAUAAAUGUAAACACAGACAUCAGACUGGCAGCUGCUAAUGAGAUAUUCAUGAAACACAAUGUUAUGCUUGGGAUCAGCAACCGGUGGCAUAAGUGUCAGAGCAUUCCAUCAAUCUGCUUUGUCUACUUUCAUCUCUGGGGCUGUCAGCAAAGACUCUCUCAGCUUCUAUCCAGCAUGAGAAAGGAUGCGCUCAAGCAGUACUUGGACCAGCUUUAUAUAUUUGUGGAAAUGCCUGCUGGUCCUGUUCUCACCCAGGAGGAUCCUGUAGACACUACGUCAGAGGAAAGCCCCCUUUUGUCCAGCGGCUCCCGGAGCAAAGCUGUUCUUUUUAACCAGAAGAUUCCACUUGUUGUGGACAACGAUCCGCAUGUGAUGGCUGAACACCUCUUAGUUUUGUCAAGCGCAUGUUACGUUCGUCUAUUGGUCUCUGGGCAGCUUCCCCAAAAUAACAAUGCAGGCCAUGCAGGGGUGCUCAAUGUGCCAUGUCCUUGCCAGUUCAUUGAGAAGAAUAUACUACAAUCUAGACAUUGUUCCAUGUGGAUAUAAAUCAGACUGCAGCGGGCAGGACUUCAGAAGGCAUGGAGAAAGCAAUCUUAAUUUUUACUACAAUCAACACAUAUUUAAAGAAAAAAUAUCACCGGUCUUUCAAACAUCUUCGGUGUACACGAAGAUGGAAGAUUUCACCUGAGAAAGGAAAUGACUAAGGCACCGAUAACUGCUAGACAUACAUGGUUUAAGUAAUGGAAAAAAUCCAGUUUAUAUCAGUUCUCCUAUGAGCCAUUGGCUAAAGAAUUAUAAACGACUUAAUCCUGGUAAUUGGGACUCGGAACACACUGCGCAAUUAAGAUUCCGUUUCAUGCAUGCUGAUUUUGCAAACUUCUUAAAAUGAACAUAUACAGGGUUAUUUUCUAAAGUGAGAAUUCAAAGUGAAUUUCAAACAAAGUCAAAGUUGUAUUAAAAGCUAAGUGAUGGAGAUUUCCUUCCCCCCCUAGUUUGGCUCCUUUUUGACAUGAAAUUUUGAAUUCACUUUAAUUUGGCAACAAUUCGUACUUACGUGAAUAGCCCAAGCCAUUGAACAAUCAGGACCUGGUUUGUGAUUUUUU